ACUUCACAAUGAACGCUGACACUGCCGAUGAGGAAAUCACGAAACUUUUAGAAUUUCUCAUUGAACAGACGAAAGAUGCAUUUGAGCCGAUGAGAGCGUUGGCGGUUUUUGAAUCAUUCGGUCAACUUGAAGAGGAUCCGUUAGACCGGAAAACCUAUCAUUAUAGGUUUCAUCAGAAGAUUGCUCCGAAUAUGGAUUCAUGGAACAAUUAUAGUAUCGAAUCGAGAAUUCGAUUGAUGUUCGCAUUGGCUGGAAGAGUUCGGGAUAAUUUUCUAGAGAGCAUCCAAUCACAAGGAACCGUCGAACUUGAUGAGAAAAAUCGAAUUUGCGAAUAUAUCUCAAAUGAUGGAACAUUGACGUUAAAAGGAGAUCACAGUGAUUCUGCAAGAUGGGCUAGAAGAAUCACUUCCACCACGAACCCCACAAAAUCCGCUGCUUUUGCCGAAAAAUUCAUGAAUUUCUUGGUCGAAAAAACCAAAAAUGUCGUUGAGCCCGUUUCGGUUGGUGGAAUUUAUGAGGAAUUCAGUCAAAUUGAUGGUUUUGGACUUUCGCCAGCCGCCUAUCGUACCAGAUUCCACAUAAAUAUUGUGCCGGAGAUCAAUGAAUGGAACAGCUACAGUAUCGAAGAACGAAUUCGAUUGUUAAUGGCGUUAGGUGCACUGGUACCGGAAGAUUUUCUAGAGAGAAUUGAAGCGGAAGGAACUGUAGAUCUUGAUGAAAAGGGAAGAAUUCUCAAAUAUAGCUCAAAUGAUGGAAAUUUGAAUCUCGACAAACGUAAUAUUGCAACAGCAAAUAGAAGAAAUAGUACAGCAGCACAUCGAAAAAGAAGUUUGGAUCGUGAUUCUGAAAGCGGUAGUGCGAAAAAUGCGAGAGCUGUGAAAUCUGAGCCAAAAAGUAAGCCCCAAUCGGAUCUUCAUUAUUCAUCUGAAAGUGACACUGAUGACGUGGAAUUCGUUGAAUCACUGCCAGGAAAACCGAAACUUGAACCCAUUGAUUACGACUACGACCAAUAUUUUAAUAGAGAUGUAUCAUAUAAUAAUUAUGAUCAAGAAGAAGUUGAAAAUCGAAAUGUCAGAUUAUCGAUUGCUAGCUCAAUGCCUUCACUGGAGUCGAAUGUUAUUAAAUUGAAUGAUUUCCUGAAAGAAGUUCGCAAAUUCCUGUGCUUUCUCGAAAUUUCGGAACUCGACGAGCUCAAGCAUCAGAUCAAAGAAUCGGUUGUUCAGACUGCUGGCGCUAAUGAGAAUCUGGAAAUCAGCGAUCUUUGUACAUUACUCGAUGCAUUCUUCUUCUCGAUCAAUCAAAAAACCAGAUCAACUAUUCCAAAUGAUUCCACUAUGCCGGUCAAUGUAUUCCUCAUCAAAUUCAAAUGCUUCCUCCUUGGAAUGGAAUCUCCUGAAUUUCUAGAUCUUCAGGAGAAGGUUCAAAGGAAGCUUGACGAGUCGGAUAUCACGGAAAAGAUUCUUCAACUGAGCGACAUCCAACACGCUGUACAAUAUCUGUUCUUUUCUGUUUCUCAUUAAUUAAUAUGUUUUUUCUUGAAUAUUUCUGUUUUGCACGAUAUCCUGUUUAUCCUCCACUUUUUCGAUCUCUUUUUCUCACGAGUUUCCAAUUUUUGUUACAAGGUCAUGAAUCUGUUAAUUUUUU